CCUUUGAAGGGAAUGGACUUCGCGUAUGAUGUCGAUUUGGAAGAAUUGUGUCCCGUGUGUGGAGAUAAAGUUUCCGGAUAUCACUAUGGCCUGCUGACUUGUGAAAGUUGUAAGGGUUUUUUCAAGAGAACCGUUCAGAAUAAUAAGCGGUACAGCUGCGCAGAAAACCAGGAUUGCAAGAUUGACAAGACGCAAAGGAAAAGAUGUCCCUUUUGCAGAUUUCAGAAAUGCCUCACGGUCGGAAUGAGAUUGGAAGCGGUCCGCGCUGACCGCAUGAGGGGGGGCCGGAAUAAGUUUGGUCCCAUGUACAAGCGUGACCGCGCGCUGAAGCAGCAGAAGAAGGCCUUGAUCCGGGCUACUGGGCUGAAGCUGGAGUCCACCCCGUCUCUGGCCCCUCAGGUCCAGCCUGAAUACGCCCUCACCGCCAGCCCGCACGACCCCUGCAUGCCACAGGCCGUGCCUGCCCCCGUCGCCCCCGUGGACUAUGAGAGCAGUCCCUACGGCCCGCCCUUGUUGGGCGUAGCAGUGCAGGGGCAAGGGCCUUUGCCAAAUCAGUACCAGUACUCCACCACCUUCCCCAGCCGGGCCAUUAAGUCGGAGAACUCCGACCACUACGCCAGCUCCCCAGACUCGACGGCGGGGUACCCAUUUCCGGACGCCUACCUGUUGGGGUCGCCCCAGCCGCCCUCCGUUCCCCAACUGGUGCUGGACUUCUUGCGAUGCGACCUGGACGAGCUGCAGGUGCAGAGCAGGAUCGUGGCCUACCUGCAGCAGGAGCAGAGCGCCCGCGGCCGCCACGACAAGCUCAACACCUUCGGCCUCAUGUGCCGCAUGGCUGACCAGACUCUGUUCUCCAUUGUGGAGUGGGCCCGGAGCUGCGUCUUCUUCAAGGAGCUCAAGGUAGCAGAUCAGAUGAAGCUGCUGCAUAACUGCUGGAGUGAGCUGCUGGUACUGGAUCACAUCUCCAGGCAAGUACAGCACGGCAAGGAGGACAGUGUACUGCUGGUGACCGGGCAGGAGAUUGAAAUCACUUCCAUCGCUGCCCAGGCAGGGGCAACACUGAGCAGCCUGGCCCAGAAAAGUCAGGAGCUUGUUGCAAAACUGCAGACCCUGCAGGUGGACCGGGGGGAGAUCGCCUGUUUCAAGUUCCUCAUUCUCUUCAAUCCUGAUGUGAAGCUGCUGGAGAACCAGCAGUUUGUGGAGAGCGUUCAGGAGCAGGUGAACGCCGCCCUGCUGGAGUACACGCUCUGCAGCUACCCGCAGUUCCUGGACAAGUUCGGCCAGCUGCUGCUGCGGCUGCCGGAGCUGCGCGCCCUCAGCAUGCAGGCGGAGGAUUACCUGUGCUACAAACACCUGAGUGGGGAGGUGCCCUGCAACAACCUGCUCAUCGAGAUGCUGCACGCCAAGCGAGCCUGCCUAUGA